UGCACUAUUUUUUCAAUGCGGCAGAGGUCUUGUUAAUGCUCAAGGUACAGUUGACAAGAUGGCGGGUCUUUCGGCGGCAAUUGCACCAGUUCAACAACCUCUUUACCCUAAAAUGACAUCUCAUUACCCAAAAGUUCCACCCAAAACACCUAACGCCGCUAUAGAAUACGCAAGAGCUAUUCAGGAGGCCCCUGUCACAGCAUUGGUUGGAGUAACUGGCCCAAAACAACCAGAUAAGCACCAUCCCACUACAAGAUGUCGUAUGCGUAAUCAGGUGGGCCUCACCAACAGAUGGCGCUUGCCAGAGUAUCUUGGGAGUGAUCUGUUGGGAUCUGCCCAGGCUAUCAAAGCUACCAGGUCACCUCUAAAUAAGAGCCUUAUUAGAAUAAUGACAGCGGAGGGUCCAAGGCACAGUCUUAACCUGGAUCUGUCCCAGCCGUACAAAUUUCGUCAGUCUAAUGACCGAGCUCAGCCUUGUAGAGGCCCUCAUUUACCAGAGAUGCCAGUAGGUAGAAGCGGGAGUGCGGGGAAAGAGAACACCACACUCACAGUGGCCAGGCCACCCAGAAUCCCUCCUUUGAAUAGUUUCAUUCCUGGAACAGCUCGAGCCAUGACUCCAAAGGAAGUCUUCCAGUGCCUGUCUAAGAGAAGUCAAAUCAGUUUAAGCCCAGAUGUCCUUCUCCACUGCAUGGAUGUGGACUGGGAGCUUCAUAGGGCUUACUUACAGAAAUCUACAGUGCUGUCAGAAAUCCUUAAAGCUGCCGAUAACCCUAAACACAUGCAGUACUACAACAUGCCCGAGGCUGAUGCUCUGCACAAACACAUCAAGAAAGGAGCAUUGUACUCCAACGACUAUCACUGCACCAAACACGCAGAAAUAGGGCGCACUGGCAACCCUAAGAGAGGUGGGAAGAGCGUGGAUAGGUUUCAGUAUUCACGGUUCAGAGUGAAUAAUGUGACGGUGAUAGAGCUGGAGAUCACUGAUCCCCUUGUCACAGAACACGCCCUGGCGGUAGCUCUGGGUCACCUGUACCGUGAUGAUGUGGUGGUGGAGGCUGAUGAAGCGGCUGGGGUACUGGCAGCUGCUCACUUCCUGGGCUUCCACCCUCUGGCUCAAGGCUGUGUUAAUGUUAUGUUGUCUUCCAUCAACUACAAAACAGUGUGCUCCUACCAUAAUGUGGCCACAGAGUUCCAAGAGGAGAAAUUAACCACUGCCUGUGAAGGUUGGCUAGAAGUGAAUCUUGUGCCAAAGCUUGCCUUUCACAUUCAACUCAGACAGCUGUCCUUUGAGGCAUUACACAAAGUUAUCAAGUCUACCAGGUUGUUCACCUUCAAUGAGCACAGUAUCUAUAAGGUGCUUUGUGAUUGGCUCUUCCUUCAGCUCAAUCCUGACAUCCAGCUUAUGCCUUGUCAGAGUACCAUACUGAGCUACUUCAACAGCUUCUCCAAGUCCUGCUCACUGUUGGAGAGAGAAGAGGGUCGGGUGUAUGAACCUCUGUUUGCUGCCUUGCGUCUUCAUGGCAUCACGGACACUAACCAUUUACGCGACAUGCAAAUGAUGAAUGUUGUUCCCCAGUCCUGGGUCAUCAAUAUCUUGUCUCUCCACUAUCAGGCUUUACAAGGAGGAGGUGACAUGACAGCAUUCAAGAACUUCCCCUCGGCCUCGAUAAGACAUGGCUUUAUUGUGGAUGAGAACCCCCAAUAUUACUCUGAGAUCUUAUCCUUGUAUGGCUUCCAUUUUGAGCUGAAGGCUGUAAAACAAGACAAGAAAGGCUCAUACAACUUCUUUAUGCAGCGUUUGAAGCCAAAUGAUUCUGUGCUAACAUACCGUGACUGCGAGCGUCACACAUUUUCGAUGAGGCCAGACCGUCUGGUGAACUUCACAGUGAGGGUACAGUGUGAGAAGGAGGGGAAGUACUUUACCUACGUCAGCCCCAUGAUCUCCCAGAAGUUUGGCCUCAGUGAGAGCAUCAGUCAGAGUGAGUCUGUAACCAUUGAUAACCUGGAGACUCCCUUCCACACAACAUUUGCCGUCUUAUUUCCAUCUUCAUAAUCAAGGCCAACAGCAGAAGUG